GUUAGCAGCAGCCGUCAGAGCCGAGCUGAACUGCGGGGAGCUACCGCCGCUCAGGGCCGACUAGCGACUGAAACUUCACUGCCAAGAUGUCCGACGAGGAGCAAGAGCAGACCAUAGCCGAGGACCUGGUGGUCACCAAGUACAAGAUGGGUGGUGACAUCGCCAACCAGGCUCUUCGCCUGGUUGUGGAAACAGCUAAGCCUGGUGUGUCGGUGCUCAGCCUCUGUGAGAGGGGGGAUGCCUACAUCAUGGCCGAGACUGGAAAGGUCUUCAAGAAGGAAAAGGAAAUGAAGAAAGGAAUUGCCUUUCCCACCAGCGUCUCAGUCAAUAACUGUGUUUGCCACUUCUCUCCCCUGAAGAGUGACCCCGACUACACACUUAAAGAUGGGGAUCUGGUCAAAAUAGAUCUUGGGGUCCAUGUUGACGGCUUCAUUGCUAAUGUUGCUCACAGCUUUGUGGUGGGAGCCAGUAAGGAGAACCCCAUCACAGGAAGGAAAGCCGAUGUGAUCAAAGCGGCCCAUUUGUGCGCAGAAGCAGCUCUUCGUCUCGUUAAACCUGGUAACCAGAACACUCAAGUGACAGAAGCCUGGAAUAAGAUCGCUCAGUCGUUCAAAUGCUCACCCAUCGAAGGCAUGCUGUCUCAUCAGCUAAAGCAGCAUGUCAUAGAUGGAGAGAAGACCAUCAUUCAGAACCCGACAGACCAACAAAGGAAGGACCAUGAGAAGGCAGAGUUUGAGGUACAUGAAGUCUAUGCUGUGGACGUCUUGAUAAGCACCGGAGAAGGAAAGGCCAGAGAUGGGGGUCUCAGGACCACCAUUUAUAAGAGGGACCCCAGUAAGCAGUACGGCUUGAAGAUGAAAACUUCCCGUACAUUCUUCAGUGAGGUGGAACGACGCUUUGAUGCCAUGCCCUUUACUCUCCGCGCGUUCGAUGAUGAGGCCAAAGCCCGUCUGGGUGUGGUGGAGUGCGCCAAACAUGAGUUGCUACAGCCCUUCAGUGUGCUCCACGAGAAAGAGGGAGAGUGUGUAGCUCAGUUUAAGUUCACAGUGCUGCUGAUGGCCAACGGGCCACACAGAAUCACCAACGGGCCCUUCGAUCCAGAGCUCUACAAGUCAGAGCAUGAAGUGCAGGAUGCAGAGCUACGGACUUUACUACAGAGCUCUGCAAGCCGUAAGACACAGAAGAAAAAGAAAAAGAAGGCCUCAAAGACAGCAGAAAAUGCAACUGGACAGCCAACCGAGGACACAGAAGCCGUAGAAUAAAUAAAUAAAUAAAAUACUGCCUUUCCACACAUGCAAGACCCCAAAGAGAAGCAAGAGAAAACAUGACAAAUUGCCUCUGCCCGU